UGACAGUUAACUCCCAACUGUCAUUCCCAACCAGCCAGAACCUCUGGCCCAUCAGACUUUGUUGUUUCUCAGGCCUAUUGAAAUGAAUUCAGCAGAACCAAGUCCCAUUUAUAAAUAUAAAAAAAGUUUCUCUCUCUCCUUUCAGAGCCUGCCACCAAGCAGCUACUUCUAAGUAGGUCUACAACACAGUAACAGCACAAGGCCUCCAAUCCCAUUCCUAGAAAGGCUCUGACUGUGGCUGAUGACCUUGACAGACUCUGUUAAGUGUCACUACCUAAUCUUAUUCCUCCAAAUUGGUGUGAAGCCAGAACUCAACACCGCAUUGAGCUGCUGACAAAAGCAAUGAAUUUUUUGCCUUGAUUUUUCGCUACAAAGCUCGUGUUCUCCAUAGAGCCACUGCUAGCACAAUACAUAGCAGAAGCGAUUUAGUCAAUCAAUUUACACAAGCUUACUUGAUUGGAAAGGCAAGCAUGAUUAAUUGGGAAUAGGGGUCAAUUAUUUUUUUAAAAAGUAUUUUCUUUUUAAUUUAUAUUCUUACUUAUGUAUCUAGCCUGCCUUUCUUCUGUCAUGGAACCCAAGAUUGUAUACAUGUGGCUCUGACACAAUCUCUCAUCUGGGCAUUGGCUAGGUUUGGCCAUGCUUAGCUCUAUGUUCCUUCAGACACAUACUCUCAUGUCUGAUUUCCCUUCCCUGUUUCGGCAAUGGGAAUAAAAGGGGGAAACUUGUGUUGAAACCUGGAUGCUAACUAAUUGUUAGCAUUGUCCCAUUAAGGGGUAGAUUUGGACCAGGACUGCCAGUUGCUAAUGAUAAUGCUUAGUCUGUUGGAAGUGCAACACCAGAGAUCAUUCAGUCUGUAACUUAAGGGGUUAAUUUAGUUCUCAAUGCUAGUCAGCUAUCCAAGGGCUGUGUGUGGAGGUGUUGCUUAACAACCAGUCAUAGUGGCAUGAGCCUCACUGAUUGGCUAUGUAGAGUUUUCCUCUAUAUAUUUCGUUGUUUGUCUCCUUGCUAUGUGCAAGACCUGAAGUAAGACAAAACUUCUCUGUUCCUUUCUCCUCAGAUCACACACUGUAUUCAGUUUCCCCACUAAAAAAUUAUCAGAAUUUCUUUUCUCACUGGACUGCAUCAACAUUAUUUUAAGUGACUUGACUAACCUAGCCUUGCUGAGAAAUUCUACGAGGACCUCUAGGUACUAGGCUCUGAGUAAAAUAUCAGCUGAAAUACAUCUGCAUUGAUUUGGAACACAUCCCCUUCCAAAUUAUAAGGCAUAUCCAUAUCUCCAAAUAAAAGGAAGCAAUUUCUUCAAAGAGGCUGCGUCUCCUCCUUCCAUCAUCUCAGCUUCACCUCCUGCAAUCAGAGUGCCAUGGGUUCAAGAGGGUGCUAAACCCACCCUUAUGCAGGCUUUCCUUUGGCGUCAUGACAGCCUCUUCCUAUUGUUUGACUUGAGAGGAGAACCUUGCUAAUUGGCAGUGUAGCACUGUGCACGGAGGAGAAGAAGAGCAGCAGCUGUGUGUGCCUCUCAGCUUCCUGGAGAGGUUGCAAUGGCAAGGCACUUCCAGCUCCUCCAGCGUUUCCCCAGCCAAACAAACAAAAGAAGAACCCAGCCAAACAAACAUGCAGAUGUAUAUUCAUGUGCAGCGUCAAGAGAUCUGCCCAAGGAGAAUUGGGAUUUGAUUUGCAUCUUCAGGAACAGGAACUCUUUGUCUCUGAGAAGGGUCUCCAAGCAAUUAGCAGAUGGAGCAAUGGGGCAGAUGAAUGGGAGUUGGAGGAAGAGGAAGCAGAGAAAGGGACUUCAGCCUCUUGUGAAAAUUAGUCCCUAGGUGUAGGUGGGGAGGCUUUUUGAAAACUUCAUCUAUGUGCUGCUUUUCUGAAGUGGAUUUUAUCCCAAAGCAAAGCAUUUGCACUGCUGUCUCAAACCAUGAAAACAAUAAGAUGAUUCCUUAUAAUGAAUUUUUGAGAGUUUAUUUUGAGAAUCCUAUAUACUUCAGAGUUUGUGAAUGCGUAGGUGAACCUUGGUGGCAGGAGAUGUAGUACGUUUUGGAUUUUGAUGAUGAUGGUGAUUUUAACAAAAAAUGCAUACUAGUAUUCUUGUUGCUGGCAAUUCUGAGAAAGUCAUUCAUGCUGGCCAAACCAGAGAGAGAGAGACAGAGAGAGAGCUAAACCAGAUCUUACACAGAAGACAUUUUUUAAAAUGAGACUUGCGUUUCUUAGGUCCUUAGUUGUAGUUACCGUAUUGGCCUGAAUAUAAGCCUCACUUUCCCCCCAAAUUCUGACUGUGAAAAGUUAAAGUGCAGCUUAUAUUUGCGACCUUACGGUAUACAGCCAGGAGCACAGGGCAAACAGCAUCAGGAGCACGGCAAAGUGGUGCCUGCCCCAUGUGUAGUUCCCCCGUCCUCUCCCCCAAGAGUGAGGAAGGGGAAAAGGCUGCCAGCAACGCAGUGUGCCCCCCAUCCAUAUGCAGCCAGGAGCAGCAAGGAAGGGUGUGCCUUAUAUUCAGGUAUUUCUUCUUUUUUUCUCCCCCCCUCCAAUUUUAAAGGUGCAGCUUAUAUUCAGGUGCUGCUUAUAUUUGAGCAAAUACGGUAAUAGAGGGGCCUUGGUUUACCCCCAAAUCUGUGUCUUUCCUCCAUUUCCAAUCUCCUAACACAAUGCCAGUUUCUCUUCUUUUCUUCAGUCUUGAGCUCAGUUCACCACAUUCCCACAUCAGUUUGCCUUAAAAAAAAGUCUUCAUGAAAAUUCACCAGCAUUUUAAUAUAUAUAAUAUAAAUAUAAAUAAAUAAAAUAAAAUUCAAUAUAUGUUGCUCUUAAUAUGCACAUUUUUCAUAUGCAGUUUCCCCUAAUGUCCACAUUCUUGCAUACAAUUUCCCCUAACACAUUUUGGGGUUCAAGAACUGCAUCACAAAAUUCGGAGAAGAGCGAAUUUCCAAGGAUAUCUUUCUUUUGGUGCCUGCAUAGUUAUGGAUAGCAGAGAAGCCUGCUUCUUUAUGUAACCUACUUAGGUUUCUACCAGCCUCUCCUUUGUCCUUGAAAUACAGGAGAGGAUAAACAGAAGUGCCCAGCCUGACCUUUUCUUACUCACUGCCAUCUUCAACGCUCUCAUCUCCGCUCCAGACUAAACUGUCCUAAUCUUUUUUAAAUCUGUCCUGAUAUGGAAAUCCCUUCAUCCAGGAGACCUCUAAUUGCUUUCAUUGCCCUCAUGCAGGUUUUUCCCCUCCUUUCUUUUUAUGGGGAAGGUGGUGACAGAAAGGUGUUUGAGACCUGAAUGGGAACUCUGUUACAGAUUGCUGAGAGACCAGACAACUCAAGGUUACAGGGGACAAGCAGGACACAGGUACAAGUCCAUUCCCUGGAAUAUCAAUCAGAAGGAUAGACAUUUGAAUGCUGAUGCUAAAAGUGUUGUCUCUACAAAACUCAGUAAUUCAGCUCUACAUUAGAUGCACCACUGGGCUAUGUAUAAGUUGCUUUUGGAGAUGGCCAUAGAAUUAACAGUCUUCAGGCUGUAACAGUUGGGAAGGGACAUUCCAAAGAGAAAAGGCCCCACCUACAGAUGUUGUCCAGGAUUAUCUAUGAGGAUGAGGAUGAUGUUGCAUGCAAAGCAGAUUGUCUAAUCCUGUGCUAUGGACACCCCUAGACUUGGGAGUCUUCUAUUGCAUUUAAAGGGACAUUGGGAUUGUCUCCCUUUGGAAAAAUGGCUGAAUGAAGAAUGAUCUGAUAUAAAAACAUGAACUCCAAAAGAGAAGAUUCAGCAAACCUGCAGACAGAACAGCAGGUGCUUCAAAGUUCUGAAGAAACAUCAGGAGGGGCAAGAUUGGCCCAGGGUCAGGGUUGCCAUGGUAACAAUGACUUGCCCUCCUUUGUGACAUCUCUUGCUUCUCCCUUAAAAGCCACCAACUACAGGUGUCCACUGUGGGUUAGUGAGGAGAGAUCAGAAGAGAUAGAGGUGCGGUUGGUGGAAGGAGAUUUAGGAGAGGCUUUGGAUUUGGAUUUUCUUAUUUGGAUUUUCUCAUUUUGACUUUUAUUUGAUUUUAUUUGAUUUAUUUGAUUUCAAUUGUUUUAAUUUUUAAUUUAAUUUUAAUUGUUUUAAUUUUUUUGUUAAUUUUUUUACUUUUGUUCUUUAUUUUAAUAUUUUGUUUUAAUAUUUAUUUUUUAUUUCAAUAUUUUUUGUUUUAUUUUUUACUUUUGUUCUUUAUUUUAAUUUUUAAUUUUUAAUUUUUUUAAUUUUAGUGCAUAUUAUAUAUUUUUGGUGUAUAUUUUGUAUAUAGAGGAAUAGAUAGGGUUAGACGUAGGAUUAGGGCUGGGGUUAGGGUUUAGGCUUAGGGCUGGGCUGGGCUGGGGAUUGGAGUUAGGCUUGGGUGGGCAUCUUAGCUAGCUAGAUAGUGUAGAAAGGAGGGAGGGACUUCUUCUGGACACCAUGUUCAGACUGUAAGUAGGAUUUCUUCCCCUUCUCUAUGUCUCCUGGGGUGGGGUCCUGGGAUCCCCUGCACAGCUUCAGCCCCCUGAAAUUGUCUCAGCCAGUCACUCCCCUCAUGAAGAGCUCAGCUCCUCCACACUCUUUCCCUGCCUUCCCAUUUCCUCUCGUCUCCCAUCUCAUCAAUUACAUCUAUUAUUUACAUUCAUAGGUCAGCUUUCCUCCAAGCACCUCAAGAUGGCUCUCCCCGCCACCAGUUUUUACCCUCACAUCAACCCUGCAAAAUAGGCUAGUGAGCUUCAUGGAGAUUUGAACACUGUUCUUCCAGGGCCUCCUAGUCCAGCACUCUAACCAGUACAUGUCUCCCCACUUCCAUCUUCCAUCUCUUCAACGGUCAAGCCCAAUAGGCAUUCUCCCCCCUUUCUGUGAGUCUCUCUGUCUCUAAGCAAGACUCCACCACCUUCCUCUCUCAGCUGCCCAACAUUCUUCUGCUUGUCUUCUUGGACCCCUUGAUGCUUGGAGGACCCAACUAGUGGUCUCCCCCCUCUUUGGGCAGGGCUGUCCUCAAAAGACUAGGCAGAGGAGCCCUUUAAAUGCUUCUCUUUCCUUUGGGGUGCAGUGUUACAAUCGCUCAUGGGAUAUAGCAUAGCAGGAAAAGGAGAGUGGAGGCCUGUUUAGUCCAGUGGCCAACCAGAUGUCUCCAGGAAGCCCACAAGUAAUAGCCCAAACCUGUUCAUUGUUCUCUAACAGGUGGCUUCAGUGGUAGACUGCCUCUGAACCUGGAAGUUCUAUAUACUGUUUCUAUUUCAGAUCAUAACCAUAGAUACUCUCCUCUUCCUCCAUGAAUAGGUAUGACCCCCCCCUUUCCAAUCUCGCAAGCCAGUUGUCCUUGUCACAUCUUUCAGCUGCCAAUUUCACAAACCAUUAAACAUUAUGUGAAGAAGUGCCCAUCAAUGUUAAUGAACAACCCAAAGCUCUGCUAUUCGAUGGGGCAAAACCCUCCUCCAUCUCCCUAUUUAUUUUGUUUGUUUGUUUUGUAAAAUUUAUAUACCACUUCAUUGUGUGUGUGUGUGUGUGUGUGUGUGUGUGUGUACACAUACAUACCUCGAAGCGGUUUACAAGAAGGUAAAGCAAUGUAGGUGUUAUAUGUCGACAAGGCCUUGCUCCUGUCAGCAAUCACACUGCAGCAUUCUGCACUAACUCCAUCUUCCAGGUCAAGCACAAGGGAAGCCCCACAUACAGUGCAUGGCAGUAAUCAAGUCUUGAAGCAACCAGGGCAUGAACUAUGGUAGCCAGGCUCUCUCGGUCCUGGAAUGGCAGGAGUUAGUACCUCCUUUCUCUCCAAGCCCUGAAUGCUCUUGGCUGCCUCUUUACAGCUGUUAGGAAGUCCUACAGUUCGUUCAACAGCAGAAAGACGGAAGGAAUUGGUAGGGAUGUGCCGGCAGUUCUCUAUUAGGCUAGAUGUAUUUCUGUUCUGCAUCAUCUCUUCUAUGCUCAGGCGACUGAGAAAUUUUCUGAUGCUAAAAAAGAGGAACAAAGUGGCCCCGCUCCAGCACCAGGAACAUCCUGUGGCACCAGGUGAGCAAGUGACCCCCCCAGCGCCAUUUUUGGAAGGGAAGGAAUAGGCUAGGGUGGCAGCUCAGGGUAUAGGAUUUGUGGGAGAGGAGAAGCUAGUAAUAUAUAUAUAUAUAUAUAUCAAAAGAGCCAGACUGCUGGAUCUGACCCAAGCCUCAUCUGGUAACCCACCCCAGUGGCCAGCCAGUUUUGUGGGGUCUGAUGAAGAUGCUAUUGACUGAGAGAGGAGAGGAAGCAUUUCUAGUGGAAGCAGGAGGCAAAGGCAGCUGAUAGGACAGGGCUGGGGGACAGUUGUCAACUAGAGGGAAACAUUCUCUUGUGAGCCACAUUCUGGGGGCUGCAGGCCAAGAUUGGCCCCCAAAGACCUGGGGUUUGCCAUCCCUGUAGUAGGAGUGCAGAAGCAGGGAAAUCAAAGAGAAGAUUCUUGGAAUAAUCUUGGAAACUGUUAAGGGACGAACCAACGUGUCUCCGUGUCCUUCUCUUGUUGCAGUUGUGCCACAGCUCUUCAAGGCUUUCCGGGAGCCUGACGUUAGUACCUGGGAAAACAAAAGAGUAGUGACUGGAUCCCUCAGAGCCUCUGCCCACUGAGUGUGGCCUUUGUCCCCAAUUCUGCAGUCUCUGAAGUGGAGAAGCCCUCACCUCACUAUGAACUAACAGCCUGACUUUUGCCAUUUCAGCCAUUGGACCUUGAAAAGCUCUUCUUGGUCCAGAUUAUAGGGACUUGUAUGGAGGCAACACAGAGGGGCUUCAAAACCACUGAGCUGCCGGACCAUCUGGCUGCUGAAGGAAUUCUGGUGAGUGAAAAGUUGUGUAAGUUACCCUUACAGUGGGAGGACCAGGGAUGGGAUUUGGGGAACGCGUUGUGGGACUGCCUGAGAGGAGAACUGUGCAGGCAUAGGGCAUGGAGUUUUCCAUUCCUGCGGAAAGCAAAGCCUGGAGUUUGGGGUUGGAGCUAUCCUGAUGCCCGCAGAGCAAUCUGACUUUUCUCCUCUGCUCUCUUUAAGGAUAUCCUGGGGCACCUGGACCAGUUUGAGGACUGCCCUGGGAUCCUUGCCUUGGCCCUUGAAGCCUUCUUCCAGUUGAGGUGAAUUGUGUUUCUUUUAAUGGAUGGGGGUUGUGGUGGUAGGGCAGAGUUCUAGGAUAAGCUCAGUGUGGGGAAUAGCAGUGGGAGGAGGGAGAAUGGGGCAAGGGAGAUUCGGAGGAGGCAGAGUCUAACACUCUUCCCUCCACCCCUCCAGUUUCAUGAAGCUCGCAGGACCAUCCUGCAUUCUGUCUUUCAGGCAGUUGCAGAUGAAGACGAUGAAGAGGACCAGGAGGUAAGUUAUUAGUCUUGAGUUCCCUUUAUGCGGCUCUUCCUUUUUUCUUCACAUAUUAAAAAGGUAAAGGACUCAUGACAGUUAAGUCCAUUCGCAGACGACUCUGGGUUGUGGCACUUAUCUCGCUUUACAGGCUGAGGGAGCAGGCGUUUGUCCGCAGACAGUUUUUCCAGGUCAUGUAGCCAGCAUGACUAAGCCACUUCUGGCGCAACAGAACACCGAAACCAGAGCAGCGCACAGAAACGCUGUUUACCUUCCCACCAGAGUGGUACCUAUUUAUCAACUUGCAUUUUUUUGGAGUGCUUUCGAACUGCUAGGUUGGCAGGAGCUGGGACUGAACAAUGGGAGCUCACCCCAUUGUGGGGAUUUGAACCGCCAACCUUCUGAUCGGCAAGCCCAAGAGGCUCAGUGGUCUAGACCCCAGCGCCACCCACAUCCCACACAUUACAAGCCCUUAAAAUCUCUUCUCUUUUCCCCCCUCCCUCUCUGAGGACCUGCUGGGAUGAAAAUGGGCAUCACCCACAGGAGCUCAAGGGGCAUCUCCAGUGCUUGCUGUGGGGCCUCCUCAUUGAGGCCCCGUAUGAUGGCAAUCUGGUCCUGCUGCUGUUUUUUGCAGAUCAGAUGCAAAAAGAACACCGGCAAUUACAUUCAAGUUUAAAUGUAUGCAAAAUAUGCACCGUAACUAUUCACGGCAGUGAAUUCACAGUUCAUACCUACUGCUCUGAAUGGACCCUUUGUUUCUUCAGUAAACAUUGAAGCUUUUGCCUUUUCCAUCUAAACUGUUUACAUUCUUUUUUCUGCACUAGGCAUGGGGAACAUGUAGCAACCCAGAUGUUGUGGGACUCCAACUCCCAUCAGCCCUAGCCAGCAUGUCCAAUGAUCAGGGAUGAUGGGAAUUUGAGUCCAAAAGCAUCUGGAGGUCCAUAUGUCCUUCACCCUUGCUCCAUAUUUACAUAGUGACAAUGUUUUAUGAAUCUUAUAUAGCGGGUUCCAGUCUGUGAAACCUUAUGCUUUGCUAUUCCUCUUAGUCUUUAGUUAGGAGCAUAGGCAGCAGCUCCUCAGGAUUUCAGAUGAGGAGCAUUCCCAGUCCUACCUGGAGAUGCUGGGGAUUGAACCUGGGACCUUCUGAAUGCAAAACAGAUGUUUUCGCGUGGAGUUUCGGUCCUUAUUAUAGAAGGCAGUUCAUUAUGCUUCGGUUAACUCUAUUCCUUUCCAAUACAAAGUUGUUUUUGUCUGCAUUAAGUGUGGCAAUGAUAUUAUGUCAAAUCUGGCAUCGGAGGGUGGGGAGAGGUGCCUGCAUUUUCUGGGUCACUUCCUGCUUUUCCAGUUGUGCGUUGCAAUACUGAGUGGCAGCUUCCUUUCCAAACUUCCACUUAUGUUGUUUAUCUGCUUCUCCUUGGAGAAAUUGUAUUUCAGGCUGAAAUUGGUCAUGCUUGGAUUCAACCAGAACUGAUGUUCCAUCUUUGAGAGAAUCAAAAAGAAGAAGAGGAAAUCCUCUGAGCUAUAUAUUAGUUUGAAGACAAACUGUAAACUCAAUGGAGAUAGGAGAGCAUGCAGGUGACUUGUGCAGCUGUAUCAUCCUGGGGGGGGGGGGGACUUAGCAAGUCAAUGUCAGCAGGGUGACCCAACAAACAUGGUAGAAGGGACAAGGAACAAACCAGGGCUUCCUGGGCUGCAGCUCAGAAAUGCACAAUUACUUAGGACUCAUCCACACAUGAUUGAACGGUGUCUAGAAAGCACAAGUCCAAGCAAUUGCCCCACCACUUUCAACCAGAAAACCCACUCUUUAGAACAAAACUGGAACAAACAGCAAUCCAUGGAAGAUCCAAUUGCCAUUUCUUCCGAUUCAGCUCGAAAACGUGGGUUUCCCUAGGGGAAAAUGGGGCAAACAGAUGUGUGGUUGAGCCCUUAGUCUAGUAGCUGCUGUGGGUUCUCCCGCUAUUUAUUACAAGUUUGCUCAAGGUCGAGUUGUUUCUGUAUCAUGGCUAUAGUCGCCAUGGCAAGGGAGAGUUGCAACAAAAUGUUGCAGCAUACCCUUCUUCUUAGGAAGUGUAUUUCUUAUAGGAAGCAAAAGAAGGUGCCUUCUAUUGAAUCCAUAGGUGCUGGGUCCUGCCCCACUUUGUGGGUGCCCGGUGAAGGUCUGUGACAUCACACAGGUGGUGCAAGUGUGAUGUUACACGGCAGGAGGAGACCCGUUAGGGUGAGAAGGCACGACAAGGCCCAUUGCGGCUGCAGGAAGGCCCAGUGGGCCCCAUUGGGCCUUCCUGUGGUUGCAGCAGACCUUGUUAGGCCUUCCCACAGCCUUGUUGGGCCUUCCCGCAGCUGUGAUGGACUUCGUUGGGCCUCCAGAAGAUAAGGAGGCAUGUGGUGGCAGAGGCGGAGCUAGGUGCUCUGGCACCCAGAGUGGCAUGCACCCGGGGGCGGGGCUAAUGGCCCAUGGGGGCAGGGUGAGCGUCCCGGGGGGUGCCACACGCGGGGGGCAGCACAGCAAUGUCAACCUCCUCAGGGAGGGCACCUGGGGCGGACCGCACCCACCGCACCCACCUUCCUCUGCCAGUGGUUGGUGGUAGUGCACGGAGCCACUCCAGGGCCUCCUAGAGUUGGCCGCACCUCUCCUCAACUGGGCAGUGCGGCUGGCUGGGCUGGGAGCAGUGGGCUCCCUUGGGGGUCUGCUCAGCAGGAGCAUAUGCUCCCCUGCUGGGCAUGCUGACGUCGGGCACACACACACCCUGCAGCAUGCACAGCACUGCCACAAAAAAUUGUGGGUGCCCUGCCCCUUCAUGGGGAAUGUGUUGUGGGGGCUGAAGCACCCGAAAGCCCCACACACUCGGCACCUAUGACUGAAUCAGACCACUGGUCCAUCUAGAUCUGUACUGUUUACAUAGAGAGGCAGCGGCUUGCCAUGUUUCCAAGCAGUAUUCCCUUCCAGCCCUACCUGGUGAUGCCAGGAAGUGAACCUGGAACCUUCUGCAUUCAAGACAGAUGCUCUAGCACUGAGCUACAGCCCUUUCCCAGGGUUUUAGUGGGCCAAUUUCUCCAAGCAGGGCAUUCAAUUCCCCCCUCUGCUUGGUUUUCAUAUCCCCCCCACCACACGACACUAUUGGAUGAUGGGUCAAUGGCCAGGCAGUGUGGUGAGCUAGAUAGAGUGCUAAAUUUUCAGCAGCUAGGAACUGAUACUUAAAUCCAUUGAUGGGGCCUUCCAAUGAGACUGCAUGUUGGAAGACUAGUUGCUAGGAAUUGCUGGCUUCCCAUGGGUAUCUGGUUGGCCACUGUGAGAACAGUAUGCUGGAUGGAAUGGGCCAUUGGCCUGAUCCAUCAGGACUCUUAUUAUAUUCUUAGUUGAACUGAGGAGACUCAGAUUAAAAUUCCUGGCUGCCUACAAAGCUCACAAAGCCACCUAAUGCCUGUCACCAUAUCUCAACCUUAGUCCACCUCACAAGAUACAAGGGGAAAACCCAUGUGUGCUGUACUGAGGUUGCCUGCAAAUUUCUGAUCCUUUUUUUAAAGGUCUGCAUCACAUUGGCCCUACCUGCGUGUUACCAGUUCAUACCUUACAUUUACCUGUGUGCAGAGAGGAUGCUUAAAAGAGAGUAUUUGACAGAACCAAUUGAAUCAGUGGAAUGGAUGGAGGGGAGAGGGCUGGUUUGCAGACGGCCCAUAAAAUACGAACACAAACAACCCCCCAAUGCCUCUCAAUUCUCAAAUCCCAAAAGGUCUAAUUAGCAGAGUUUGGAAGGAAGCAGGCUGCCUCACAAAUGAGUUGACUGGAUGCUACCGUUAACACCUUCCAAGAGCCAAUAAUAACCCAGCGACUCAUCGAGCAUAUUGCCAUUCCCCAGACUCCAAAAGAUGCUGCUUUUCCCAAAAAGCUGUAAUUCACCCCAAUCUCCCCACUGCCCCUUUGGAAGCAGUUGCAUAUCUCCAGACCCCUCUUGAGAAAGGCAUCCCCUUCAGCCACCCAGGAGUCAGACUGCAACUAUUAACUUCCUCUAUGCACAUCUGGCUAAUGGGCUACCAUUUGUCAUUAUUAUUAUUAUUGCUAGCCCUAUCAUUACCUCUAAAUCAAGGUCCCAUCCAACUCUACAAUUCUAUGAAAACAUGUCCUGAAAUGAUACACAAACCAAAAUGCAGCCAUCCUUUGAAAUUUGCAUAUAUAGAAAUUUUGAGAGGAAGCUCUGCAGCCAAAAAAUGUAGAAACAUACAUAUAUUGGUGAAAAUAACAUACAAAAAACAGUACAAAAAUGCAAUAAAUGAGGGGAUGUUGCUUUGCAAAAGUGCAUAUAUAAAUAUGUAGAUGCACCCAAUUGCUGGUGAAUUUUCAUGAAGACCUUGUUUUUUAAUUGCAAACUGAUGCAGAAAUGAACUUAAGACUGGAAAAAGGGGGAAAGAGAUAAAAGCCAAAACUGAAAUUUGUCCAUUCCUAGACUCUGUCUUCCUUAUUUUUCUACAGUUGCUGAUCCAUUUACUGCCCCUACCUAUGAGGAAGGGCCAUAGAUUAGUGACAGAGUUUACCUUGCAUGCAGAAGGUCCCAGGCUCAAUCCCCAAUGUCUCCAGGUAGGGUUGGGGAAAAACUCCUGCCCACCUGCAGAUUUGUGUCUUGAUUCUGGAGUAUGUGUGUAAAUAUCAUAAAUGAAUUGUGGGAUGGGCAGCAGUUGCUUAAUUCUGCAGGUUAUUGAACAACAAAGCUGGAACUGAAAGAAGGAUCCAGAUCCAAAUUAAUUUAUCCCGCUGUCUGUGCUUUUGUUUAAUAGGAAAAAGGUAUCAGCUGUCAAUAAUAGUACCCCCAUGAUAAUUAUUUAUAUCCACUUUGUCUCAAACAUGUAUUGCCAGUAUAUGCAAGAAGAAAGAAUUGUCAGCAAUCAGUAUUUAUAAAAUUGAAGGAGCAGUUUUUGUUCUUCCCUACCCAGGAUGCGGAUCAAUCCCUUAAUCCCUUCAGUGUAAGAAUACGUACAGCAAUAUUCCUCUUUACUUUGUUUAGAUUUAUUCAUAAUGAUUCCUUUACGUUUACUAGUAAUGGAGUUACAAAGAAUGAACAUAGUGGAAGCCAGAAAAAUCUACAUUAAACUAGUUUCCACCCCCCCCUCCACAUCCUUGGAGUAUAUAAACAGCACCAGCUUAGCUCCCCUUAGACCUUAUUAUAAAAUAAACAGAACUAUAUCCAACCUACAACAUGCUUCUCUACAUUUGCCUCUUGCACCACUUUGUCAUUUCCUCCAGACCAAAUAAUCAGCAGAUUCUGCAAUUUAUCCCAGAUAAUGCACUUUCAGCUUGUGAAAUCAAGGCAACCGAUGAAGAUCUCAGAUAUGGAUGCACCAUAAUUUUCAUGACGAUAACCCCAGGGUGUCGUGAAUCCACCAGUGACCUUUGGUUGGUGUUCAUGUUGCUUAUCUUCUGGAAAAUGUGCUGCCUGACUCUGCCCAAAGUUAAAUAAAUCCCCACCUUUGCUUCAAAAUCAUUUAUAGCAUGUGUUUGUCCCAACUGCUUCCCUGGCAGAAUACUCUACAAUCCAAUGACGUCUGGAAGGACAAGCAUAUCCUAUUAUCUAGUCAAAGCCUCCUGGCACUUCAACAGAAAGGUAUAUCAACUCACAGCAUAUUUCCUGCAGCACAGACAAAUGAAUUCCUCCAAAGGAGCUUCAAAUCAAUUUGGGUACCAAAGGGACUCUGUGUCAACCAUCUUUUUCAUAUGUGUCUCGCAGCCAUCGGAGAUGGCACGUGCCCAGAAGCCGGCUAUUGUUUGCACAUGCAGGUGUAUUCAUGUUGCCUAUUUAUUUAUUUCAAAGCAUGUCUAAACUGCUUCAUAUUUAAAACCUCUAAGAAGCAUGCAAAAAUACAGCAUAAAAGCAACAAUAUAAUAGCAUAAAAACAGAAUAACCACUUCGAGUUUUGUUUUGUUUUUUGUUUAGAAAAGCAUACUUCUUAGAGAUUUAUUUAUUGACUGUGUGUGGUACUGUGUAUCAAUCUUAGUAAAUCAAUCAAUCAAUCAAUCUAAAAAACAGUAUUAUAAAAGCAAGCAAAAAUAGGCAUUUGGUCACAACAGGAUCCAGUUAUGGGUUAGGGAAAGUCUGGGUGAAAAGUUACAGUGUGUCUUUAUGCUGCAACUGCUGCUGCUGCAACUGAUGGAUGGUGCUUCAGGCAAGUCAGAGGGAAGGGCCUUUCACAGUGCAGGGGCCAUUGUAGAAAACACCUGUUUUCACAUCACCACCCUAUGACAUUCUCCUGGAUAGGGCCCUGUGAGUCAAAUUUCUCCAGAUGAUCUUGCAAGGGCAGGCAGUCAUUCAGAUAAACUGGUUUCAAAUUGGACAUGCCUUUAUAUGUAGGUAACAAGACCAUAGCCAUAACUUUAUUCUGCUCAAUUAUGUUUAUACACUGGUUUUAGCAAGGACACGGGUGGCACUGUGGUCUAAACCACUGAGCCUCUUGGGCUUGCUGAUCAGAAGGUCGGCGGUUCGCAUCCCCGCGAUGGGGUGAGCUCCCGUUGUUCGGUCCCUGCUCCUGCUAACCUAGCAGUUCGAAAGCACAUCAAGUGCAAGUAGAUAGAUAGGUACUGCUCUGGGGGGAAGGUAAACGGUGUUUCCGUGCACUGCUCUGGUUUCGCCAGAAGUGGCUUAGUCAUGCUGGCCACAUGACCCGGAAAAACUGUGUGUGGACAAAACACCGGCUCCCUCAGCCAGCAAAGUGAGAUGAGCACCGCAACCCCAGAGUCAUUUGCGACUGGACUUCAUUGUCAGGGGUCCAUUACCUUUAGGGUCUCAACACAGAAUACAAUUAACAAAGUGCAAUUAUAGCAGGGGGUUUUCUGGGCCCUACCAGCUGACAUAUUCCAGGUUCCAGGCUCUUCACUCCAAAGACAGGGGAAUGAAGGACCCAAAAGAUGCCUGGCAUAUGUUGGCAUCUGUCUGUCUUGAGAGGCAAGGAGGUGCACCUCCGGGGGUGAAGUCAAACUGUUGCAUUAGCAGCAACAGCAUGACCUCCUCAGGGUGCAAGCCUGGGCAGUGUGUUUGUAGGUCCUCAGCUGCCCAGGCAAUAAAAACCCCACUCUCAGCCUUGCUAAAGUGGUCCAAGGGAAAUCAGAGCAAUACAUUUGGCACCCGCUUGGCUGCAGGAGUUGCUGGAAUGAGGCCAUUACUGCCUCCUGUUGGAGUGAGUUCCAUAGCUUAACUCUGCAUUAUGAGAAGAAAUGCUUUAUUUUGCCUGGCCUGAAUCUUUCAACAUUCAGCUUCAGUUCUAGACUUAUGAGAGAUGCAGAAAAACAUUUCUCUAUCUAUUUCUCUUAACCCACCUUUUGGACACGAUCCUAUCCCUUUGCUACUGGGGCAAAAUCAAAGAGUGGCUGGGGCAACCCAGCCAGAUGGGUGGGGUAUAAAUAACAAAAUCAAUAUUACAUUUAUGAAAGACUGCAAGGAUUAAGAGCUCCUUGUAGAUGCAAAUGCUCCAAUUGCCUCGUUCCUUGUUCACAGGGGAGUGUAUCUGCAGCCCCAUAAUGCCUAAUAGAUGAAUAGAAUAGAUGUUCCAGGUCCUCUCGGUUGAUUUUUAUUGAGCUGAUGUGUAUGAAAUUACCUAGUCAUGGGGAAAAGAGAUUGCUCUUCCCCACCCUCUCCCCUGGGGCCCUUCUGAGAUGUAAUACCACACUCCAUAUAUUGAAAAACCAUUGUAAUUUGAUCAAAACUGUCGUCUCCAUCCCAUAAUUUUCUCCCACCUAAACUAACCACGGUGGAACAACAACAACAAAAUCUCAGCAUCUUAAAUUUGAUCUGCAUGGAUGUGUUGGAAUUGAAUGUUGAAAUAUGAAAGGAGGAGAAUGUGUGCUCACUGACAGCUUAGAGGGAGCCAGCAUUUUUUGGUUUCUGUGUGCAAGACUGGCCCAGGACCAUUUAUUAAGCACUAAUCGACUGAAAUGGGCAAGCUUUCAUAUAAUCUGUCCACAUAUUCAAUAAUAACAGUUGUGGAGAAGCUUGAACAGAUUAUAUUUUUUGAUAAACUUAGGACCAGAAUAAUGAGACCUGAGGGCAUUCCCACAAGAGAUGGAAAAAAUGUCCCUUGGAUGCUUUUUCAAAAUAAACAAAUAAAUGAACAAAUUGCAAGCUGAUGUGGAAAUCUGAAUUUGAUAUUGGGGAAAAAACUGAGAAACUUAAAAAAACAAAUCCCUAAAUGGACCAUUAUACCUACCUCCUAGCGGCUUUCAAAGAAGCACAUUUGUUUUGAAAUCCUGGAGAGGCCUCGGGCACAGAGAGAGAGAGAGAGAGAGAGAGAUUUAUGUAUUUUGUAUUUUAUUCUAUUUUAUUGUAUUUUAGAGGAAUGCGGGUGGCGCUGUCGGUUAAACCACAGAGCCUAGGGUUUGCCGAUCAGAAGGUUGGCAGUUCGAAUCCCCACGACGGGGUGAGCUUGCAUUGCUCGGUCCCUGCUCCUGCCAACCUAGCAUUUCGAAAGCACGUCAAAGUGCAAGUAGAUAAAUAGGUACCGCUCCGGUGGGAAGGUGAACAGCAUUCCUUGCGCUGCUCUGGUUCAUCAGAAGCAGCUUAGUCAUGCUGGCCACAUGACCCGGAAGCUGUACGCUGGCUCCCUCGGCCAAUAAAGUGAGAAGAGCGCCACAACCCCAGAGUCAGCCAGACUGGAUCUAAUGGUCAGGGGUCCCUUUACCUUUACCUUACUGAUCUUGCAGCCUGAGGCAAGUGGCUCAGCUUGGCUCAUGACAGAGCUAGCCCUGACAUUCUGUCACAAUACCCUUUAUGUAAAACAAUCCCAGAAACUCAGGAGGGGGAAACAAAACUGUUUUGCAGCCAGUCAGAACCAGCCCAGAAAUUGAGAGGAGAGAAGCCGGCUGGAGAUCCGAGAACAGUUCCCUCACCUAAAACAAAGAAAAUUUGUGUAAACAGAAUAAAUAAAUAAACAAAUGAUGCAUUUGUUUACAGUCCCAUUAAUUGACAGAACAGCUGCCAUCCUGUGCAGGGCAGUCUCAUUAAAGUCAGCAGACAUAAGAUCAAUGUUUUUCUUUCCUUUUCCUGAGGAAGAUUCUGAUGACUAUUAAUGGGAAGAGGGCUUAUUUUGCAAGCUCAUCUGCUUCCCUUUUCUCCUUGCCUCUUAACAUGCAACCAAAGGAACAUAAAGGGACGUUCACCAAAUUCCCAGGGGACUUAAGAUCAAAUAUGCCAGGCGAAUGGAAAUCUUGCCAAAUACUUUUAAAGAAGGCAGCUUCCUGUUUUCUUCCAAUCACCUUCUAAACAAGCUGAUAUUGAAAGAGCCAGCUAAAAUGAGAAGAGGCCUUUGGUAAUAAACAUAGUUCAAGUGGUUGACUCCUGUGGGAAAAUCAGAAAGAGGGGCUGGAAACCCUCUUCCCCUCUUCCUUGUCGAAAUGGUAUAGAUUGCAAAGAUCUAUUCUUUUACUGCUGAAAAAAAAUACUCGCCUCCAAUUUCCUUCUGCAAAAUGUGAUGUCAAAUACCGUACUUUCCAGAUAUUCUAGGGGUAUUUGCCUGAUAUUGUUUACAAAUAGACUAUCUGCCUAAGAAUAUAAGAACAGCCCUCUGAAUCAGGUCAAUGAGACAAAGGCCAUGACAAGAGAUAGUAUCUCCAGCCUUUUCCAACUGCUGGAAACUGCUUGCUUUCCUGCUUAUGGAUUUCUCAUAGGCAUCCAGUUGGCCACUGUGAGAACAGGAUGCUGGACUAGAUGAGCCUUUCUCAUGAUAUAGCACGUUGUUGUUGUUUAGUCGUGUCCGACUCUUCGUGACCCCCUGGACCAGAGCAUGCCAGGCACUCCUGUCUUCCACUGCCUCCCGCAGUUUGGUCAAACUCAUGCUGGUAGCUUCGAGAACACUAUCUAACCAUCUCGUCCUCUGUUGUCCCCUUCUCCUUGUGCCCUCCCUCUUUCCCAACAUCAGGGUCUUUUCCAGGGAGUCUUCUCUUCUCAUGAGGUAGCCAAAGUAUUGGAGCCUCAGCUUCAGGAUCUGUCCUUCCAGUGAGCACUCAGGGUUGAUUUCCUUCAGAAUGGAUAGGUUUGAUCUUCUUGCAGUCUAUGGGACUCUCAAGAGUCUCCUCCAGCACCAUAAUUCAAAAACGCUAUAGCACAGCUACCCUUAUUCUCCACAAAUUUGACUAAUCUCCCUUGAAAGCCAUUCGAGUUGGUGACCAUUACUGUACUUUGUGGGGACAAAUGCCUUAGUUUAACCACGUGCUACUAUGUGAAUUCUUUUCUCCGUCCUAAAUCUUUUAUUGUUCAGUUUCACUGGAAGACUCCAAGUUCUAAUAUUAAGAAAGAGGGAGGAAAACCUCUCUCUCUUCACACCAUGCAUAAUUUAAUGUACAUCUAUCAUGUUUUCCACCUUACACAAGUUUUUUUUUUUACUAUCCUGGAAAGGCUCAAACGUUGCAACCAAAUCCUGUAAAGCUUUAAAAGACAAUUAGACAGAUUCAGGAAAGUUUAAGAUAAGUACAAUAACCAGUGCUUUUUAAAAAAAUGUUUAGGGGUACCCUCAUUUUCCUACUUAUAAUGAAAUACUACCCCUCAAUGAGGCCAAACUUAGAUUCACAAAAUGUGUAGGGGUAUGCGUCCCCCUGUGUCCCCCCAGAAAAAAACCCACUGACAAUAACAGUCUUUCAUCUUUCUUCUUUUUUAAACGAGUGUAUAACAAUUGUUCCCCCCCCAUGUCUUAUUUUACCUUCUGGAUUUAUUUUGCACUGUGUACAAAUAUAUUCUUUAUUUUUCAAUAAAGAAUGUGUGUGUGUUCUAUCUAUCUAUCUAUCUAAUCUAUCCAGUGCUUUUUUCUGGGGGGAUGCAGGGGUACAUAUACCCCUAAACAUUUUGUGAAUCUUUGUACUUUUGUCCAUUUACUAUAUUUAUUUUCCCCCUAUUUGAACUAUAAAAUGGUGAUUUUCUUGAGUCAAAAUGAGAAUACCCCUAAACAUUUUUUUAGAAAAAAGCACUCUAUCUGUCUAUCUAUUUAUCUACCUACCUGUAUCGUGUGUGUGUGUGUGUGUGUGUGUGUGUGUAUUCAUGAAAUAGCAAGCUAGGCACAGCAUAGUACCUGAGUGUUCAUAUAUAUACAUUUACCUAAAUGUACACCAGAGAAGCAUGUACACACACACAUACACACAGGCCCAAUCUGCACUAUACAUUUAAGGCAUAAUAAUAACACUUUAAACAGCCAUAACCUCUCCCAAGUAAUCCUGGGAACUGUAUGAACUUUGUUAAGGGAGCUGGGAGGUGUUAGACACACACCCCAUUCCACUCAUCUUUAAAUACCAGUGCUUUAACAGUCAAUCCCUCUUCCCAGCACCCUUAAGAAACUAAAUUUCACAGGAUUCUUUGGUUGAAGCCAUGACUGUUUAAAGUGGUAUUUUAAUAUAUAGCACAGAUGUGGCCUGAUAUUCUUAAGAAGAUAACCCUUUGGGAGGAACAGGUGCAACUUGAGUUUAAAGCAAUUUAUCCAGAAUCAAAAAGUCUCCAGUUUUCUCCUGCUUAAACAUUCUUCACUUUCUCAAUCAGAGACACAACAAAGCUUAAGUUCUGUGUGCAUGCACAACCACACCACAGCCUUCUGUUACUACAAUCAGAACAUAUUGUGAAAAUUAAGCAAAUAUGCCUGUGUACAUGAGAAUUGAGAGUGGCUGGGAGCUGCCAUGAGCUCACCUCAGCUGUUCAGAGGGUUGUGGACGGAGCCUCUGUUGUUAAAAUGGCUAAUUAUGAAUUAAGAAUUGCAAACAUAAUUCUCAAGACAUGUUCAUCUGCAUGAUAAUUAAAUUGUCCAAAUUCAUUUCAAUGUUGUUUUUGGACUGCGUUUAUUUUUUACUAGAUAGAGAGACAGAGAAAAGGAUAGAGGAAUGUACAGAGUGGGAUUAUUUUGGUGUGUUUUUUUAAACCAAGGUAUAGGGUACAGUGGUACCUUGGGCUAAGAACUUAAUUCGUUCUGGAGGUCCGUUCUUAACCUGAAAGUGUUCCUAACCUGAAGCACCACUUUAGCUUAUGGGCCUCCCGCUGCUGCCGCGCUGCUGCUGUGUGAUUUCUGUUCUCAUCCUGAAGCAAAGUUCUUAACCCGAGGUACUAUUUCUGGGUUAGCCGAGUCUGUAACCUGAAGCGUAUGUAGCCUGAAGUGUAUGUAACCCGAGGUACCACUGUACUUGAGUUCACCAUAUUUACUCCCAUUACAGAAAUCUGACAUUUUGACCCAGGGAUUUUUGGUGUGUGUGUGUGUGUGUGGAAGGGAAGAGAGGAUGGAGGAAAAACGUUGGAGUGGACUUGUGAAAGAGGACAGUGUCCCGAAUGCCAUUAAGAAAGGAGGGCCUAAUAGUCAGGGGUGGAGAAAGGGGGGUGCUGUGGGGGCGGUCUGUCCCAGGUGUCACCACUGAGGGGGGUGACAAAAUGCUGGGCAGCGCUCACCACGGGUCCUGCAGUGCACCUGAGCCACGCGUCUCUCCUGGGAGUGACGUGGUGGCUUAGGCACCCACAGGCUCCACCCUGCCACAAACAGUCCGCCCACCGCCUCCACCUCAGCUGUAGGGCAGCUGAGUGGGAGGAGGCAGGCGGACCCCUUGGAGGCCCCAUGGAGUGUCCUGCUCCGGCUCACCCCACCCUGUGGUUGGCUGGCCCCACCCCCACGGGUGGAUGGCCCUGCCCCUGGCUUGCUCCACUGCUACUAAUAGCCAUACUAUCUCUCCCCCCUCCUGCUUUGAGUGUUUGCUUAAUCGGUGAUGAUGGAAGUUGGAGCCCAACAACACCUGUAGGGUACCACCUUAUCUGCCCCUGAUGUAGAAUCAUUACCAGGACACUGUGCAGGGGGGGAAUGGUGUAUUCCAUGGGCUGCCCAUAGUGCUUCAGUAAUGAGAUCACACAGUGAUGCUCUCAAGAGUUUUAGUGGCUCUGUUUCUCAAGCACCUCAGAAGUUGUCCUGCUGACCACCCUGUGACUGAGCCUUACUUUCAUUAUAAAAGCUCUAGCAGACAGUACUCAGUGCUGCUUGGGGGUGCUAAGAAACCAAAACAUAUUGAGAUUUAUAAAUGGAAAAAAACCCAAGUUUUUUAUUUCUUAAUUUCCCUUCUAAUGCUAUUAAGUAAAGUGCAAUGUACAAUCCUGCCAGUGCAGUUUGGAAAGGUUCAGCCUGCCAUCUUAAUUCAACAUGGAAUCCAAUGGUAUCCAAACAUAGACCAAAACUUGCCUGAUUUUGGGAAUUGCCAUGCUAAAUCUGGUGAUGAUCCUUAAGACGUGUUUGAAUGUAUAUGGAGCAGACAGACGUCUUUCCAAAAUUUAUAGAAGAGAGAGAGGGGGCAAACUGUCCCUCAAACCAGUUCACACAAGGGUCAGUAACUGAGGUGGGCAUCCUCAUCCAAUCUUACAUAAUUUUCCUGUCCCUCCCAUUCACCCAAAUGCCCUAGAAUUCCCGCCCCUUCCAUUCUGUACAAAGCUCUGACACAAUACAAGUGGGCAGGGAAGGUUCCUACAGAGCUGAGCUAACAAUGGGUUUGCCCUCUGAACCUCAUGGCAUUUUAUAUAAUCCGUAUUGGAAUAGCUCUCCACAAAGGACUGGGUCCACAUUCAGCUGAGGCAGAGCAAGGAUAAUGAAUCUGGACAAUUUAAUUUGUAUGCAGAUGAAGGUGUCAUGAGGGUUACUUCUGUAGUGCUUAAUGAGUAAUUAGCAGAUUGAAUGGGAAAGACACACCUCUGUAACCUUCUGUGUGACUCAGGCAAGGAUUCAGCACAUACCAGUCACUCCCAAUUCCAAACAACCUGCCCACUGCUGCCACUGGCCCUCCCCUAAAAGACAAUUUGUAUUCGUCACUUGCUUUGGCAUCGAUGUCUUAUCAGUCGUAAUCUCCUCUUCACUCCAUCUUGCUCUGGGCAGCAUUUCAUUAGCCUGUUGUCAUGCAGGGUGUGGACAGGGGCAGCCUGUCCCAUUUUAGUGCCUGAGGCAAGCCAGGAAGUUGUUGCUCCCCUCACAGAAGCCUCACAUAUUGAGGUUGUGUGGCAGCAGCUUCUAGUAUGUUCUCACUGGAGGGCAUCUCCAUGCAACCCCAGCGGAAAUGGCGGAGUCAUUGGGGUGCCCAUGGAGGUGCCACCCCAUGGGAUUCCAGCAUCCAAGGUGGCUGCUUCAGUCUAUCUAAUGGGCUGACUGGCCCUGGGUGGGGAGAUAACCUGAGUCAAAGCCUUUCUCUUGUUGUCACAGCUAAAAGCAGAUAAAAAAAUGAAAGCAUCAGCAUUGGGGCAGUGAUGUCCCAGUCACUUGGGCAUUUUCAUUUUCAAAAAGUUUCUCUAAUUACAUGCAAAGUUGCCAUAAAACACUCAGAAAGACUCAGACACAGAGUUAUGGAAGAUAGCUUCUAUUUAUGAAAGUAUAACAGCGAGGAACUGCAAAAUAAGUAAUGCAAAGUAACAAAAUCAAAACAUAGACUGGGCUGGGAAGGUACUUGAUACAGAAGGGAUUCUGUAUUAGGGCAGGUUUAUAGGUAUUGCCAAAGCAGAGACAUCACCUUGCCAACAAAGGUCCGUAUAGUUAAGGCUAUGGUUUUCCCAGCAGUGAUGUAUGGAAGUGAGAGCUGGACCAUAAAGAAGGCUGAUCUCUGAAGAAUUGAUGCUUUUGAAUUAUGGUGCUGGAGGAGACACUUGAGAGUCCCGUGGACUGCAAGAAUAUCACACCUAUCCAUUCUGAAGGAAAUCAGCCUUGGGUGCUCUCUGGAAGGACAAAUCCUGAAGCUGAGGCUCCAAUACUUUGGUCACCUCAUGAGAAGAGAAGACUCCCUGGAAAAGACCCUGAUGUUGGGAAAGAUUGAGGGUACAAGGAGAAGGGGGUUGACAGAGGGUGAGAUGGCUGGACAGUGUUCUCGAGGCUACCAGCAUGAGUUUGACCAAACUGCGGGAGGCAGUGGAAGACAGGAGUGCCUGGCGUGCUCUGGUCCAUGGGGUCACGAAGAGUCAGACAUGACUAAAUGACUAAACAACAAAAUGGCCCCAAAGACAAGGAUCGGGCUGAGAACUUCAUUGCAAAAUUUGGAGAAGUGCAAACUCCGAAGAACUGAACUUUGAUCUGCACAUCAAGAGGCAUGGAAUGGUUUAGUCCCUGGGCAGGCCAUGUUGAAAUUUAAGAUGAAUGAAUUCAGGGGUGUUGGGUUGCUCAAAGCACUCUUUCGCCAUACAGCUUGGAGCAGUUUUCCUCUAAUCCUCCAAUGCUGUGGUUUUGCUGUUUUGUUUGUAUUGAUUUAUGGCAUUUUACUGUAUUCUGCUUUAGCAUGUGGUUCACCAUCUGGGGGGCCUCCGGGCUGAAAAGUGGUAUAUAAAUCAUCCUCAUCUUCCCUACUUAUACCAUAUAGAGAUACUCCCUGCUACGCAGCAUGGAUGUAUUGGAAUUGUCUGGAAUGAGGAACUGAGGUUGACUUGAAGAGGGUUUUUUUUCCUUCUUCACUCUCUCAACACAUCAAAUGAGCUAGAGAUGUGAGGGUAUUUCCUUUCCCCUCUAGCAUGUGGCUGCAUGCAUUGCACAUUUAGAUAUUUUGACUGAGCACUCAAAAUUUGCAUGAAAGACAAAAUUUGCAUGAAAGACAAAGGGCUCAUCGGAUACAGUUUGUGUCACUUCAAGCCAACUGUGGCUGUGCCAGCCAGGCUGAUAUAAAGGUAACCCUUUGUAAGGAGAUACUGUAUGGAGGGAAAUGUAAAUUGUGUCUGUUAUUAUUAUUACUAUCUCUCUUGUGAGUUUUAUUUAUUUGCUUUCCCUUGAUUUAUGGACCACACAAAUCUGCUCAUACUCCAGGCUCAGGGAAUUGGCCAAUUAUUUAACAUGACAAACUAAAUAUGGUUUAAUCAGCUCCCUGCAUCUAUCACACAGAUGCUCAUAACUAUUCAUACACCUCAUUCAUCACUGGAUCUCGUAGCCAAGCUACGCAAUCUGCAGGCUUCUGUGAUGCAUCUGUUGCUGGACUUUAUCACCUGAGAUGGCAAGUGUGGGUAUCAAUGUUUUGAAUGAUCUUCCUUAAAGAAAGCUACUGCCCAUGGCUAGGCUAGAUCUUGUCACCUCGACAGGGCAAUUCUGUUACUAAUUGUUACUAUUUUAUUUUUUAAAAAAUGGGAAAGAAGUCAAACAUUUUAUUUUCCCCUCCUUGGAUGAAAUGCCACAUUCCAGGAAUGGCUACAGCACACUGAUCUUCUGCUUCCUUAUUUCAGGUCUGCCUUCUUCCAUAUAUCUUGUUGUUGUUCCAUCUUUUCUGCUACUAAGACAUCCUAAAAUUCUUAAAGAACCAAUACAAUUAAAAAACACAAUAAAAUGGCAAAACAACAUUUAAUAUCAUGAAAUAGCAGCAAUAAGAUGACAAAGUUAACAUCAAAGCAAACUUUAAAAGCAGCAGGUCACUAGUCAUUAAAAGUGCACAUUGAAAAACGAAGAGAGAAGAAGCCUGGUAGAUCUUUAUAGAGAAAGCAUUUGAGAGUUUUGGUGUCACCAGUGAGAAGGCCAGAUUUCUACUACUUGUCUUUCCUCACAAUAUAAUGGGACAGAGCAAGGCCUUUGAAACCAGUAUUACAAUAUGAACAGAGUCACGUGGGAGAAUGCAGUUCUUGAAGUACUACGAUCUCAGACUAUUAUGAGCUUUCAAGGUUAAUGCUAGCACUUUUUGAAAUGAGCUGAGAAAGAGAUAACUUGUGUAGCUAGGAAAGAUUAGAGUGAUAUCUUCCAAUUGCUGGACCUAGGACAACAAUCUGAUGGCAGCAUUUAUAUCUAAACCCGCCAAAAUCCUCUUCAAACACAGAACAGAAGGGUGUCUGCAUUGGCCUCUGUGAUGGCAUAGACUGUAGCCUGUACUGUGUGAGGGAAGGAAACCAGCAAACCAACAAAACCAACUCCUCUAUCCCACACUAACUCUUCAAAUUUCUGACUUCACAAGCUGCUGAUGUGUUUAAUUCUGCAGCUAACUACCCUAUUUUCCAACUCAGCUUAUAUACAGUAUUUUUACUCCCCUUCUCAGACAGAAAUAAAAUAGAUUGCGAUUUCCCCUAGCUGAACUAUUGACCCUCCUGUAUAGACCUUCCUGUGCAAAAUGUCCCCUUAAAUCUUUUAACCUUCCUUUUGACCCUCCCGUGCAAGACAGCCAUUAAACCAAAAAACAGCAAUUUUACAAUCCAACUUUUACAGCCCCAAACAAAACACAAAUUGGUGGAGAGUCUUAUUCUUUCCCUGGCCAUGUGAUUGGUGGGCAUGGUGAUGCUUCUGGACUGGCUAGGCCAAGCAUAUGACUUAGGAUCCUCUCCUGGUCAUAAACAGAACAGGAGCUCCUGUUUGAAUUCCAGGCUCAAAUUCCAAGUUCAUGUGCCUGAAAUUUACUGCAGGGACCUGGAGCCAAAAAUACAUAUUCCCAUAAUAUUCUGUGGCUAUAAUUACAUUUGCAUUUUUCUCCCAUAUAAUGAGAAAAAAAUGGGCAUGCACACAUAUUUUUAAGAAAAGAGAGUGAAAGCCAUCUUAAUAACUGGAUCUAAAUCUGUCCAGAUCACGCAAAAGGGAAAUGAAGGAUCUAUAAAAGAGCUUUUGUUCUAAUAUUAUCUGGUAAACUGAUAGCAAGAUGAUAGUCUUGCUACAAACAACAAUUUAGAUUUGAAGGUAGUAGCUACCUGAAAGCUCUGAGCUGCAAGGUCUGCAGAGUGCUGCUCAGCCAUUUUCUGCCUUUGAUCAAAAUCCCUUUCAUCUGAAGGUCUCUGAGCCCUUUAGUUAAGCAUCACAGCUCUUCCUCUUAGUGAGAGGGAGAAGAAAACACUCACCCUGUUUCAUCGACGGGCAAACUGGUAGGUGGAUGCAGAUGGUGAUUUGCCAAAUAGCAAUUUAUCAUGUGGUUCAUUAGGGCAAAUGGGGAGCUGGCCCAACAACCCAAGACUGCCUUCAGCCAGCUCCCACCUACCUUCUUCUGUACAACUCGAUUAGGGGUUGGCCCUGGCUGUCAGCUUUUUCCUCCUUAAUCUUACUGAAAUCAGCAGGGAGAAGGAUGGGGACAAAACCAGGGUUUGUUGGCUCCACUCAACAUUGCCCUUUCUCCAACCUGUCAUGGACUCUGGUGGUACCUGCUGUUGGCCUCCUUGCCUUUUGCCUUUCCGGUGUGGCCUAGCCACCACUGGUUGUACAUGUAACGGCUUGGAAAGUGGGUUGUCGGAGCUCACAGAAAACCUAUGAGCUCAGACAAUCCUGGGCUCUGCAGGUGAGCUCAGUUGUCUGUAUCACACUUCCAAGUGGCUUUUAUUUUUUACUUUUUAUUUUUUUAAAAACCACAUGGCAGGUGCAGCUGCAUGGCAAACUAUGUGUCAAAACAGUAAUCUAUGCAGGCUCCGUGUACUAUUCUGCCAAGUGUUGAUUUUUUUUUUUACGAGACAUCUGCCUAAAGAGCUUUACCAUACAUCCGGGGCAAAUGUGUGCAAAAAUGAUUACCUGUAUGGGUUCUCUAUCACCCUUCCAAGCAAGAAGGGACAUUUUCCCACACUUUGGGGGCAGUAAAUUUGUAGUGAAAUAGUCAUCAGCAUCCACCAGAGUGGCCUAGCAAUUGCAGUUGUGACUAGGGAUGCAAGAGAAUUCUGAUGGAAACAAUGUUUGUUUAUUCAUCCCAUGACAAGAACAGAAAUCAAUCCAGUAAAUAUGAUUAGUAUUUGCUGUUGCUGUUGCUUUCGGUCCACAAACAACACAUAAUAAUUAUGUUUUUCUCCAUUUGUAUUGCAUUGCCUUUGCAUUAAAAUUAAUGCGGUGGAAUAAUGUGAUGGCAAUGUGAUAUACGUAAUUAAUUACAUAAUUAAUUUAUGUAAAUCAUUGCAUAAAUUGUGCAAGUUAUGUGAUUUCACAGGGGACAGUGAGAUGAAUGGCAGAGGUUUUUUGGCAGAAGAUGAACUGCAGUGGAGCAGAAACAGUGCUGCAUGUGAGGAAUACUGGGCAGAGAAUAAAACAACUUUCCUUGUUCUGACCCCUAUUCUUUCUUUUCAAUAGACCUAACAGGGUCACAGUUUAUAUUAGGGCAAGGAAACCUGACGUCCUCCAGACUUUGUUGGACUCCCUAUUUCAUCAGCCCCAGCCAGCACGGCCAAUGGUCAGGGCUUGUGAGAUUUGUAGUCCAGCAGUAAAAUAAAAUAAAAUCUGGAGGACUAAGGUUUCCCCAGUCCUGGUGUAUGUUCUGUGAAACCUUUAACCUCAGCUGCUUAUAGGUCUAAGCUAGGGAUGGAGGCCUUGUUCCUGUCCUCCAGAUGUUGAUGAACUCCAAUGUCCGUCAACCCCAGCCAGCAUGGUCAAUGUUCAGGGAUUAUGGGAGUUGUAGUUCAACAUCUGGAGGGUCACAGAUUCCCCAUCCCUGGCCUAGCUAUCAAAAGGCACAAAAUGGAUUGUGGAGAAACAUCUCUCUCUGUGUGUCUCUCUGUUUCUUUUGUUCCUUCAUGCCAUCAUUUUGCUCUGCUGACUCAUAUCAAGACUGCCAACUUCCCAUGCCACCUCUUCACCUUAUAUCCCAACAGGACAAAUGACUUGUUUGAUCUGAACAGCAACCAGCUUUGUAAGGGAGAGGGAGAGCGCUGUUGUCAAGAGUGCUAGUGAUGUCAUGGGUUUCUAAGCAACAGCCAUUUAGCUCUGCAUAACAUUCUGGGUGAGAAGGCAGAUUAAAGUCUGUGGCUAGACAUCCAUUUUGCCGAGCAAGAAAGAAGAAGUUUGGCUGUUGUUGCUCUGCUGAGUCAGGAACAUACUCUCUUUCCUCUGCUACCCUGCCUCAUUCCGCUUCACAGCUCAUGAAGCAGUUGCUAUAGAAAUUCUACCAUAGUCUUUGUAUUUGGAAUCUGUUUGGCUCUCACUAGAAUGCUAGAAAAUAAAAAAAAUUAUGGGGCCAAAAAACCCUGCACUGAAUACAGUCUGCUAUGAAUGUGGCCUGUUUGGGCAAUGUGACAGGUCUUGUGCAACUAGUUCCUUGUGAUGCUUUAAUUUUAUCCUGAUCUCAGCACAGACCUUUCAUGAGUGCAAUUGUUGUGAGCGCAGUUCCUGCAUGACUUUGAAAAACAGAGCUGAUGAUAACUGUGGUACUGCACUCACAUGUAAUGCUAAGGUUCAGUGGGAAUGCUCUAAAGUGUAGCAUCCCAGAGAGAAGAUCACUAGCUUGUUCUUGGAUAUAGUUUAUGCUUAAGGAGAAGAGGACUUACCUGUGAGUCCAGGUUCAGAUGGCAUGCUAAGCCAGCCUUUGCCAUACUGGUAUGCUUCAGAUGUCAACUGAUAGGAGUUGGAAUCCAAAACUUUUGGAGAACACCAGAUCUGUUAGGGCUGCACUAAGACAACCUUUGGUUUAGCUGUUGUCCCACACUGAAAUAAAAGGAUUGAGGUGGGUCAAAGCAGAUGUGAGCUCUUCUCCAUGAGCCAGCCCAUUCAUGUGAUCCUGGUAAACCAUAGUUUGACUCACCACAGUCUAACCAUGGCAUAUAAACCCAGCCAGUGUGUCUAUGUUCCAAGUGAGGUAGGUGGGUGAGAAAACAAGUAUCCCAAGAGCAGUAGAUGGAUGUGUAUAUUUGUUAAAUCCACAAAAUGUGCUAUGGCCUAUUUCUAGGGAUAGAUUUUCUCUGGGGAUCAUUCCUGAAAAAUAUGAUAAUAUGAACUAAUGGAAGGAGGGCACAUAUCAUCACAUAUACUGAAUCAGAUCAUUGGUCCGUUCAGCUCGGUAUUGUCUCUACGUUGACUACAAGUAGCUCUCUGGGGUUUGGAGUGGGGACACUGUCAGCAGAAUCAGAAUGGGCAGGGGAUUGGACAUGGGACAACUCUGAGCUACAGGCUUGAUGAAAGGAGUUGAAAAGAUACUGUAUAUAGGAAGUGCAGUGUAAGUGAUGGAAGUCAGU